GCGCAGACAAGGGCCAGCACGCGACACAAGCACGCAACGACAGGGCAUCAGAGCAGAUGCACCUGUCUCACCCAGCCUUCUCAUUCACUCAACUUCCUUCUCAGAGCAGCGCAGUGCAGCAGAGAUCCAGAGAUCUGCGCCAGUUCGAUGGCUCGCACACAAAGUCAUCACGCACAACCAACAAGGUCACAUCGCUCCAUGGGCUUGUCAAAUCGGGUGCGGGCUGCGCCACGCUCAUCAAGGCAGAAACAACUGCUGUGGCAGUACACACUGGGGCUUCUGCUAGUGCUCACAGUCCAAUCGUCGUGGUUCGAGGCCAGACCAGCGCUGUUGGUGUCUGCUGUCGAAGAUUCACAUGUCCCCGUCUUCGUGGCCCCAACCCCAAAUGUCACGGCGCCGCUACGGCUGGCCCAGACAGCGGCCGCCAACACGCACAUGUUCCGCGUGGCCGCUGUGCAUCGCACGACAGGGAUCAGCGCCAACAUGACGUAUGCAGUCAACGUAACAGUUGCAGCGCACCCUCCUGCCACGUUCAUGCAUCAAGGGGCGCUGGUUGAACCCCUAUUUCACAUCGACCAGAGCGAGGGCGAAGUCAUCUUAGCGCGGGCGCCGCUGUUCUUGCCGGUCGGAACGCUGCUCAACGUGACCGUCACAGCACACCAUCGCUAUCGCGACGACCCGUUUGCACACGCUGCAACAACACUACUUCCCAUCACGAUCGUGUCGCAGUCCGCAGCUGCGCCCACAUGCACCCUGCCAAGCACCGUGUAUGUUAGCUCGGCAGCCCCAAUCGGGUCUAUGGUGGCUGCGGUGGAGAUUAUGGGCGGCUCACUCGGCCAGCGCAGCCUCCUCUCCAUCAUACCGGACAACCACCUUAUGCCCGCCAGCACCGGCGACAGCAGCAACAGCACCAGCACACCGCCUGUGUUUGAUGUCGAUGAACACGGCAACAUCGUGCUGCUGCAAUCACUCGAGUCACCGCCACACCUGUCCACCCACGACCUUGUUGUGCGGCUCUCCUCAGAACCACACACCAUCGACCUCAGCACUGUUAGUGAUUCCAACACCACCACCACCAGCAGCACUACUUGUAGUAGCAGCGACAGCAGCAGCAGCAGCAGCAGCAGCAGCAGCGCACAGAGGCUGGCUGCUUUCUGCCAUGUGCGCGUUAUCGUGGAGUGGGAGCCUAUUCCGGCGCCACAAGUGGCCAUUGUACCCAACACCAUCUCCGAUGCUCACGCAGAACCCGGUACAGUCGUCGCAGCGUUGCUGCCAGCGUUCACCCGCACUGCUGAUGAUGUCACGACAAGCUCCAGGGCAGGCGCACACCAUCAGUGCACCCUCACACGCACACAGUUGAUUGACACAGACGGCCAGUACGUGGACACAGUGCCAACAAUGCUUAGCAGUGACAGUGAAAGCGUCGACGACAGCGACAGCAGCGGCAGUGGCAGUGGCAGUGGCAGUGGCAGCGGCAGCGGUGGUGGUGUCUUUCCAUUUGUGCAGCACCACGGCACCAUCGCCGUUAUCAUCCCCACCUUUCACCACGCUACCUGCAUCCACACCUCUGUCGACACCUCCGACAUGGAACAGCACAGCAUCUCACACUCACACCCCGGCAACGUGGUCAGCACGGAGGUGCCCCUGGUGGUGUCGAUUCGAGAUCGCGUGCACAACAUCACGGAGACCACCUCUCGCUUUCACCAGCGAAACACCACCACAACCAGCAGCAGCGGCAGCGGCAGCGUUAACACAACAGCAGAAACGGUGCAGCAUGUGCUCAGCCUGGCAGUCACAAUGCAAGGCAGUGAAUCGAGUGCAGACAACGGGGAUGCACAGGGCAGUGGUUCGGGCGAGUUUGUCACGAGCACCACGAGUAUGCCAUUCACAACAUCCACAAGCAUAGCACAGGUGACAGCCGUCACGCCAACCAGCACGACAGCCACCAGCAACUACUAUGAUCCACACUUGCUCAAGGAGCACACUUGCGAGGUGGACGUGGUGUGCAGUGGCGUUGACUAUGAGAUGCUGCCACAUGGGCGCUUCUCGCUUUACGCCAACGUGUCUGCCAGGGGUGCUUCCUACAUCAUUCCGCACACGGUGCGCGUGCGCGAUGUCAACGAGCCACCAUACGCGACCGUCCUCAGCCGUGCUUUUGUUGCAGAGCACACACUAUCCACUCACACCGACCCGACCCCGGUUGCUCACGUGCUGCUGCUGGAUGAGGAUCUCCACGCACCAUUCAGAGACAACACCGCACGCGUGACAACAACAUCGGCAACAGCAGCAGCAGCUGGACAGUUUGCAAUCGACAGCAACAACACGCUCAUGGCACGCCACCCGCUUGAUUUUGAAGCAUCACCAGCAUUACCCGUGACCAUCGCUGUUGACUGGCGAGGCAGCCCUGGCACCACAAACUCAAAUAUGAGCGUCGUUGCUGGUGAUGGCAGAGGUGGUGGUGGUGGCGAUGAUGAUGAUGGUGGUGGUGGUAGUGCAGUCGGCGGCGACAGCGACAAUGCCAUGAUUCACGAUGGCUUUCCAUCCAACGUGUCGUUCUCGCACGUUGUGCAUGUGCUUGAUGUCAAUGAGGCGCCCGCAUUCAACACGGCACACAUCGUGGCCGCAGUCCCAGCCAAUGCAUCCGCUGCUGCUGUCACAGUAUCGCUGCCAGCAGUGACGGAUGCAGACAUGUGCAGUCCGUGGAAGGACGUGUCUGUGGUGUUGCUCUCAGUCCUCCAUUGCAGCAAUGCAAGCACCAACGCUGCUGAUCAGAGCGUUGAUGGCAGCAGUGCUCCGGCAACGAGUGCUGACAGCAGCACCGGCGGUAAUGGGACCCACCCUGGUGACGUCUUCCAGUGCACCUCGCUCCACGCCGUCGAUGCUGUCAUCACGCACGACAAUGUCACAAGUGAUGGUGGUGGUGAUGGUGGUGGUGGUGAUGGUGACGGUGGCCGUGUUCUCAGUUUCAACGCAUCGUCACUGCUUGACGUGCAAGCGUUUGUCUCGUUCACGGUGGUUGCUGUUGACGGCGCAGCAACAGCAACAACAGCAACUGCAGAUGGUGUCACGCCCACCCGAGACACGAGCAUCCGCAGCAAACUUGGGCUUUCGCGGCUUGGGUUCAUCCUUGCAGCUGCUGGCUUUGCCACUAUUCUUCUGCUCAUCGCCGUGCUGGCAGUGUGGUACAUGUGUCUACGACGGAGACAGACCAGUUCCGACUUUGCAAGCGCCACGUUCCACACAGCAAACUCAAGUGGAUUCAAAGCAGCGACAGCACAUGUGAGCAGCGCACCAGAGUUGCCGCUUCUGAACAUGCGCAACAGCGCAGUCACGACCGGGUCUGUGUACGCGGAGUUGUUUGGGCAGGCCGUUGGCUCGUUUAUCGUGCAUGACGACGGCCAGCAGCACCGCCUCUUUCUCAAGGCGACGCAGACGGAAUGCAGGCAGUACGAUAUUCUUCGCGGGCGGAAGGGAAAGUUCCAACUCCAAACAGAUGACAACACCACGCAGCCCCUCUUCCAAAAUCUGGCGCAACUCAUCCACCACUACGAGACACCGCGUUCGUGUCUUCCUGUCCCUCUCAUGCGAAUCGUCGCGGAGACCAAUGUGGAUGAGCCACAACGCAUGCAGGCAUGGGGCACCAGGGGUGGGCACGUGGGCAAACACAGCAGCGUCAGCAUCGACCAGACGAGCCAAGAAGACGGUGAUGUUGAGAUGCUGGACGUAACUGCGCCACUACCACAUGCCGCAAACCUCCACGGUCACAGCAGUGGUGUCAUUGAUGACGACGUUGGGAUCGCAACAACCACGUUCACCAGACAGACGUCGGGGAAGAUUGCCGCUGCAGGUGCAUAUGCGCUUCCUGAAGAAGGAGGCGAUAUGCGUGAUGCCAGCGCUGAUGGUCAUCGCCAAGAGGAGGCAAACUUUAGUGCCGAGAGCGACAAUGACGACAGCAGCAGCCACAGCAGUGAUGAUGAGGACGAUAUGAAUGAAGCAAGCGAGCAGCACUCUACACAGCACGCCCAUGAAAAGGCGCAAGUGAGCGUUGUAACUGCUGGGGAAUUGAACCUCGACGACAGUCGCGGUCGCACGCACACCGAAAUCAGACGCAAGGGGGAGUAUUUGUCAAUUGACGGCAACACCUCGGCCGUGCUGGUGUUGCAGGACGAUGCGGAUGGUUUCCCUCACAACGACAGCACGUGCACAGAUGAGAAUGAUGCUAUCGACGAUGCAGCACACGAGGUGUUUCAGUUUGACGACACCAGAAACCGCGCAGAUACGGUGUUUACACAACCAGAAGGCUCCCUCGUAUUUGUGAAGAGUCGAAACGGCAGCAGACGAAGCAAUACAAGCGAUCGCUCUAGCAGCGCCUACCCCACUUUUCAUGACCACGGUGGUGACGGGUUCCAGCAACAACACACGACCGUGUUGAACACACCAGUCACCUACAUCACUUCACCACCACCACCAGCAGCACACCACCACGAUGUGGAUGAGGAACUACUCGGCUCGCCACCGGGCGCCAUCUUUGAUAGGAGCGCGUCCAGCACGCGGAGCAGACAGGUGAAACUCAGCGACUCAGAUACUAUGCAGGAUGUGGAUGCGUAA